UACAUUCAUAUCUCAGAAAUGUUUAAAAAUAUCGUUUGUGUUUUCUUUGUGGCUUUUUUGUUAAGAGGCAAUUCAAAAAAAUUAUCUGGCACUGAAUUCGAUGAUGCUGUAAAAAUUUUAAAUGGUGGUCUGACUAAGCUUAAAGAUGCAACAGGAGAUUGGUAUACAGCACGCGAAGUAGACGCUGCUUUUAAAUUCAUACCUAAUGAAGUGUAUUCUUAUGAAAUUACUGCUUCCGACUAUAGAAAUGAUCGCAAGAAUUGCACAAUAACGGUAACAUAUAGUUAUGGUGUUUAUAACGCUUUGGUAAGUGUACAAUGUGGCAGCGAAACGGCAGUUAAUAAAACAAUCGUAAAUCAGGUGAAUGUAGAAAUUGUUCCGUAAUGACUUAUAUGAACAUAGUUUUAUUUUGAAAAUAAUUAUAUUAAUAUUAGGGUGAAAAAUGUUAUAAAUAAAGGCUGCUGUA